AUGGUGGGGUGUGAGCAUCUAGAUAUUGUUCGUCGGAAGCUGGGUUUCCCGUUUGGUGUCUCUAAUGAUGAAAGUAGGAUUUGGGUUUUUUAUGAUGCUGAAUAUAAGUGUGACAUUGUUGCGGUUUCUCAUCAAUUUUUGGCGUUGCAAAUUGCCUAUACUUAUUUUCGCCGUUCCUUUAUUGCAACAUUUAUUCAUGCUUCGUGUGACCUAGAUGAGUGUGAGCUGCUCUGGCUGCAAUUAUCAAAGGUGCAUUCGUUGGGAGAGCCGACAAUCUUCAUAGGUGAUUUUAACGUUGUUGUUGGGUCUGAGGAGAAGAAAGGAGGUCGGCCGUUUCGUUUCUCUGAGGCAGAGUCUUUUUUAAAUUUUACUGAUGGUGCUGGCUUGACGGACUUGGGCGUUAAUACCGCAGUGGCGCAUUUGAAUAGAGUUGCUUCGGAUCAUUCUCCGUUGCUAGUAACUUGUUUCCUGGCUGUUGGCGGAGGUCCUCGUAGUUUCCGUUUCUUGGAUGUUUGGAGGUCCCACGGUAAUUUCCUUAAGGUGGUGCGUCAAGCUUGGGAGGUGGAGUGUGAGGGCCGACCGGUUAGGGUUUUGCUUUUGAAAUUGAAAGCGGUGAAGCAUGCGUUACGGGUAUGGAACAAGGAUUCUUUUGGAAAUGUUACUGAUCAGGUCCGGGAAGGAAAAGAGCAGGUCCAGUUAUUGGAAUGUUCUUUAGAGGCAAAUCCGACGGAAGAGGGGCAUCAUCGGCUUCUCAAGGCGCAAUGUGACUUCAAGGCAGCUCUGUUGAAGGAAGCCAGAUAUUGGCAUCAGAAAGCUUGUAUUCGGUGGUUAAAGGAAGAUGAUGCCAAUACUAGAUUCUUUCAUGGCCAGUUCAAGCAAAGAUGGGCGUAUUGUUAUAUAUAUCGAAUGAAGGAUAAGAAUGGAGUCUGGGUUGACGAGCUAUCUAAAAUUGAAGACAUGGCGGUUGAGUACUUCGCUGAAGUUUUGGCACAAUCUGAUCAAGUACAGGAGAAUGAGGCUCUUCAACAAGUGUCUACUGAGGAAGAGGUUAAAAAAGUGGUAUUCCAUAUGAAUGGGGAGAGUUGUUCAGGGCCAGAGGGGUUUACGGGCUUUUUCUUUACUUCCUGUUGGGAAAUAGUAAAGGGUGAUGUCUGUCGGGCGGUUUGUGAUUUCUUCGCUGGUGCAGAGCUGCCUUAG